AUGGUAUUCUGUCCAGCAGUCGUUCGUGCUGUUGAUGUAGACAUCGAUGAAUAUCAAGGUGAACCUGAUUAUGUGGCGGAGCGUAAGGCAAAAGAGGCAGCCGAACAUGUGCAAGGGCCAAUACUGGUGGAAGACACAAGUCUAUGCUUCAACGCAUUCAAAGGUCUGCCAGGUGUAUACGUCAAAUGGUUUCUGAAGAAGCUUGGUCCAGCUGGUUUGUACCAGAUGCUUGCCGGAUAUGAUGACAAGUCGGCCUAUGCACAAUGUAUUUUCGCUUUCACUGAGGGUAAAGGACAACCUGUGCACAUAUUUAGAGGUCGCUGUCCAGGACAUAUAGUGAGCCCACGUGGACCUCCGGAUUUUGGAUGGGAUCCUUGUUUCCAGGUUAUAUUUGUCAUUGGCUGCACUGGGACUGGUAAAAGUGAUCUCGGUGUGGCAAUAGCGAAGAAGUACAAUGGCGAAGUGAUAAGCGCCGACUCGAUGCAAAUUUAUAAAGGACUCGACAUUGCCACAAACAAGAUAACCAAAGAAGAGGCAGAAGGGAUUCCUCAUCACAUGAUGAGUUUUGUUGACGCUGCUACAGCAAGGUACAACAUUCAUCAGUUCCGUGCAGAAGGUCUAAAGGCAAGUAUCGAUUCUUUUUACGGAUCUGAAAAUGACUCUGAUGGUAGUGAAGGUCUUAGUGAGCUGUCAAAUGCUGAACUACAUCAAAGGUUGGUUGAGGUGGAUCCAGAUUCGGCACGCCUUGUCCAUCCAAAUAAUCGUGCACGAGUUUUACGGGCUAUUCAGGUAUACAACCUUACAGGGAAAAAGAAAAGUGAGUUCUUGCGUGCACAAAAGGAAUCUAAUGGUUUACGCGAUCUGGGCGGCCGCCUGCGUUUUCGCGAGUCCUUGGUGCUCUCACUAGACGCAGCAAAAGAAGUACUUGCGAAACGGUUAGACAAUAGGGUUGAAAAGAUGAAGCGAAUGGGAUUGAGAAAAGAGUUGGAAGACUACUACGAUGAGAACCGGGAUAAACUUAUAAACAGAGAACACUUUGGAGUACUGCAGUGCAUUGGAUUGAAAGAAUUUGUCCCCUAUUUAGAGUUGUCAAAAGGAGACAGGUCAUCUCCGAAAGGCGAAAUUCUUUUUGAAAAAGGGUGCGACGAUGUCAAACUACAUACACGACAGUACGCACGAAGACAACGAAAUUGGGUGAAUUCACGAUUUGUCCGACGACAGGAAGCCAGAGAGGUCCCAUCCUUGAAAAAGCUGGAUACUUCUAACAGCGAAACUUUCCUUGCCGACGGCCUGCACAUAGUAGAACAGUGGAUGAGCGGUUGUGACUUCAAAGAAGAGUUCACUGGUGAAGUUGAAAACAGUGAAGAUGCGAACAUGACGCGAUAUUGCGAAGUGUGUGAAAUUUUUGUGGCAGGAACAAGGAACUGGACUAAACACCUCGCAGGAAGAAGGCACAAGAAUGCACGCCGGGUAGCGAAACGUCGGCAAGAGAUGGCAGACAGCACUGCAAUAUCAGCAAAUGUUGCCGAAGAGAAUGUUUCACAAAGCUCUCAGUCAUGA